CGCCCCCAGGAGCUCCGCCGGCACCUCAAGACGCAUGAACCCAAGAACGGCGAGCCGCGCUGGCCCUGCUGCGGAGUCCCUCUGGAAGACGCCGCAGAACGCGGUGUGCCCGUGGGAGGCACGCCGUUCGCGUACAACGGCAUGCAGUUCGUGGGCGGAUGCGGGAAGCCGCUCUGCAGGCGCGACGCGCUUGCGAGACACCUUAAG